UUGGGACUGCAAUCUGAAGAGCCAAAAAAUUUUGAAUCACAAGAACUUCAACAUCCACCUGAAAAAACCAUGUCCAACACGCUGCUAUUUCACCGUUUCUUCUUCUUUCUUAUCCUCUGCGGCGGAGCGGCCGCAGGCCGCAACAUCUCCAGGCCUCAAUCCUCAGCGCACGAUGUAAAUGUGUCUGAUGGGGUACACCGCCGGUCUAACAACUCCACUGUGCCCUACCUUACUCUCAACCGGCCCGGAGACAUCGCGACGGAGGCAGAGGGGGAGUGUGAGGAGACGUACGGGUUCUUACCUUGUACGGACAGCGUGCUAGGGAACCUGUUCCUGAUUUUGGUGUACGGUUACUUGAUGUACUUGGCAGCAACGUACCUGUCGAAUGGGAGCGAGUUAUUGCUCGAGAUUCUCGGCCCCGGUAUCGUCGGAGGGUUGUUUCUCCCCGUCCUCGGGUCGCUUCCCGACGCCAUUCUCAUUCUCGUAUCCGGACUUUCUGGGAGUAAAGAAACAGCUCAAAGUCAGGUCUCAGUUGGAAUGGGGUUGCUAGCUGGUUCAACCGUAUUGAUUCUCACAUUAAUCUGGGGUUCCUGCGUUGUCGUUGGCAAGUGCGAUAUCCGGAACUCGGUUGCCAUCGAUAACAAAGAUACAAAAGGCUUUAGCUUAACAGGUUCUGGUGUGAGUACUGAUAUCUGGACAAGCUAUGCUGCAAGGAUUAUGACUAUAUCUAUCCUCCCUUUCAUUAUUGUUCAAUUACCAGCGGUUCUCAAUUCAAAAUCCGGGAGCCAGAUCGCAGUUUUGGUUGCACUUGUUAUCUCUGUCGCACUAUUUAUUUCUUACUGCCUUUAUCAGGUGUUUCAGCCUUGGAUCCAGCGGAGGCGAAUUGCGUAUGCAAAGCACAAACAUGUUAUAUCAGGAAUCUUACAACAUCUAAAAAUGCGCUUCGGAAGUCUCCUUACGGAUGACGGUGAACCUAAUGAAGAAAAUAUAAUAAAGUUGUUUUAUGCAAUGGAUCAGAACGGGGAUGGACAUAUUUCAGGUAAUGAGUUAAGAGCAAUGAUCGUAGGUCUCAAGUUCGACGAAAUAGAGUUGGAUAAGAAUGAUGCUGUGGAGAAAGUGAUGAAUGAUUUUGACACUUCUCACGAUUCUCAAAUCGAUCAGAAUGAGUUCCUCUUCGGUAUCUCAAAAUGGAUUCAUGAGGCAAAGCGUUCGGGAGAUGACAAUGAUCAUCGCACGAUGAAAUUUUUGUUUGACUUUCACUCGAAAACUAAGCAAGAGCACGAUCUUCUCGGGGGGCAAAGUGAUGAGAUCAUUGAAGGUGUUGAAAAUCCCAAGUGGACAUCCUUCAAAGCAGUUCUAAUGUUGUUGAUAGGAACUCUUAUAGCAGCUGCAGCUGCAGAUCCCUUGAUUGACGUUGUUGAUAAUUUCUCAACUGCCACAGGCAUUCCGACUUUCUUCAUCUCAUUCAUUGCAUUACCUCUGGCUACUUCUUGUGAGGCUGUGUCUGCAAUAAUGUUUGCUAGCCGCAAAAAGAUCAGAACCGCCUCUUUAACAUUUUCUCAGUUGUACGGAUCAGCGACCAUGAACAACGUCAUGUGCCUGUCGGUGUUUUUGGCCCUUGUUUACUUUCGAGAGUUAACGUGGGACUUCUCAGCAGAAGUCCUUAUUAUUCUCAUUGUUUGCAUCGUGAUGGGGGUUUUCUGCAGUUUCCGCACUGUCUUCCCUCUUUGGACAUCUUCGAUCGCUUUCCUACUUUACCCAUUCUCCAUCGCACUGAUUUAUGUCCUGGAUUAUAUUUUGGGCUGGUCAUAGACUAGAGGGGCCAUAUGAACUUAGGAGGGUGUUUUCAGUUUAUGCAGUGUGUCUGUGGCAUGAGGAUUUGAGCACAUGUUUCAAUUUCACGUGUAUUAUUGUAGUGGAUUGCUCGUUUUGAUCUUAUGAACGUUUUGCUUUCAACAAAAAUUUUGUUCUUAAGAA